CAGGACUCAGGUCUCCAACAACAGAACACCAGAGCCACUCAACAACGCUGAAACCCAUUCGGGGGGCCCAGGGCCCCUCGUACCAAGCCAGGAAGGCUUUAGGGGAGCAGGAGACCUGGGUGGGUUCUGGGUGUAGGCCCUGGCAGACUCACAGUGUGGCCAAGGGCUCUGGGGGUGUCAGGGAAGCAGGGGCCAACCUCACAGGAGAAGGCACGAGUGCGGUUCUCUUUCCCCCGCUGGGGGGCCGGUGGUGUCGGAGGCCUUGGCGGCGGAGCCAGUGGCGCAGGGGCCUGGGCAGGGCGGUGUCCGGCAGCAGGGACACCAUGGCCACCAUCCAGUCAGAGACUGAUUGCUACGACAUCAUCGAGGUCUUGGGCAAAGGCACCUUUGGGGAGGUAGCCAAGGGCUGGCGGCGGAGCACGGGUGAGAUGGUGGCCAUCAAGAUCCUCAAGAAUGACGCCUACCGCAACCGCAUCAUCAAGAACGAGCUGAAGCUGCUGCGCUGCAUGCGGGGCCUGGACCCCGAGGAGGCCCAUGUCAUCCGCUUCCUUGAGUUCUUCCACGACGCCCUCAAGUUCUACCUGGUCUUCGAGCUGCUGGAGCAAAACCUGUUCGAGUUCCAGAAGGAGAACAACUUCGCGCCCCUCCCUGCCUGCCACAUCCGUACAGUCACCCUGCAGGUGCUCCGAGCCCUGGCCCGGCUCAAGGAGCUGGCGAUCAUCCACGCCGAUCUGAAGCCCGAGAACAUCAUGCUGGUGGACCAGACCCGCUGCCCUUUCAGGGUCAAGGUGAUCGACUUUGGCUCGGCCAGCAUUUUCAGCGAGGUGCGCUACGUGAAGGAGCCAUACAUCCAGUCACGCUUCUACCGUGCCCCCGAGAUUCUUCUGGGGCUGCCCUUCUGCGAGAAGGUGGACAUGUGGUCCCUAGGCUGCGUCAUGGCUGAGCUGCACCUGGGCUGGCCCCUCUACCCGGGCAACAAUGAGUACGACCAGGUGCGCUACAUCUGUGAGACCCAGGGCCUGCCCAAGCCGCACCUGUUGCACGCCGCCCGCAAGGCCCACCACUUCUUCAAGUGCAACCCCCAUCCUGACGCCACCAACCCCUGGCAGCUCAAGUCCUCGGCUGACUACCUGGCCGAGACGAAGGUGCGUCCACUGGAGCGCCGCAAAUACAUACUCAAGUCCUUGGACCAGAUUGAGACGGUGAAUGGUGGCAGUGUGGCCAGUCGGCUGACCUUCCCCGACCGGGAGGCGCUGGCAGAACACGCCGACCUCAAGAGCAUGGUGGAGCUGAUCAAGCGCAUGCUGACCUGGGAGUCCCACGAGCGCAUUAGCCCCAGUGCCGCCCUGCGCCACCCCUUUGUGUCCAUGCAGCAGCUGCACAGUGCCCAUGAGACCACCCGCUACUACCAGCUCUCGCUACGAAGCUGCCGCCUCUCACUGCAGGUGGAGGGCAAGCUCCCCACGCCUGUUGUGGCCACUGCAGAAGAUGGGACCCCCUACUACCAUCUGGUGGAGGAGAAGGAGGCUGCAGGCAUGGGCAGUGUGGCCGGCAGUGGGCCCUUCUUCCGAGAGGAGAAGGCACCGGCUAUGCAAAGAGCCAUCGACCAGCUGGAUGACCUGAGUCUGCAAGAGGCUGGGCACGGGCUGUGGGGCGAGACCUGCACUGACGUGGUCUCCAACGUGCUGGCCCCCCUCAAGGCAGCCAUCACUGGCCGCCACAUGCCGAACUCGGACCCCGAGCCCAUCCUGGCCUUCUAUGGCAGCAGCCUGGCAGGCCGCCACAAGGCCUGCAACCCACCCUCGGGCUCCAAGUCCGACUCCAAAUUCAGCAAUCUCAUCCGGCUGAGCCAGGUCUCGCCUGAGGAGGACAAACCCUGCUGGGGCCACGACUGGGAGGAAGGAGAGCACAUUGGGGCCUCUGCUGAGUCCCCAGCCAUCCUGCAGCGAGGUGGAGAUGGGCCCAACAUUGAAGACAUGACCGUGGAUGCUGAGAGGCCAGACCCUGAGCUCUUCGACCCCAGCAGCUGUCCUGGAGAAUGGCUGAGUGAGCCAGACUGGACCCUGGAGGGCAUCAGGGGCCCCAGGGCUCAGGGGCUCCCACCCCGCCACUCCUACCAGCACGGUGCGCACCGGGCCACCAGCUUUCUCCAGCAUGUCAGCGGGCACCACUGAUGGUGAUUCCACCCCUGCCCGUCACUGGGGGCUGCACUAGCUGGGCUGGCAUCCCCUCCCAACCUGAACUGCUCCUCAGAGCCAUCUCCUGAACCAUAAAUUAUUCUUACAGAAAGAUAGUUAUCCAGAAAUUCCCAUUCCCCUGCCUGCAGUGCGUGCCUGCAUACCUCUCCUGAAUGCAGCAGGGCUUUGAAGUCUGGCCUGUGCCCCUUGGCUAGAGGGACAGCAGGAAGGGGGCUGCACCCCACUGGCCCUGCACCCAUCCUCGGCCCUGUUGCCUCUGUCUAUUUCAAUACAGAAGUGUUCA